AUGGCGGCUUCUUUGCAGUUCAGUGCAAGAUUCUUCAAACCCCAACACUUCCAAUCCAAACACUCCGCAAGACCAGCUGUAAUCCGCUGCUCCGCCACCACAACCACAAAACGAUACACCAUCACUUUACUUCCAGGCGAUGGAAUUGGCCCCGAAGUCAUCGCUGUCGCAAAAAAUGCCCUCAAACUCGUUGGCUCGCUCGAAG